GACAGCUUCAGAAAUAUUACAAAUGGCCCCUCAUGCCCGCCUUGAGUGCAAUCUGAAUGGCCGCAGCAGCAGUGUUAGUGCGAGUACCGGCAACACUGAUUUCAACAACAGCAAUCCCACUAAAACCUCCCUAUACAAAACCCAUAAGAAUUUCUUUAAAUCCCAGUUUUAGAAACAUUACAAAAAGGCCCCUCAUGGCCUCCUUGAGAGGACAAACGCAACAGAGAAAGCUCCCCAUAUUGCUCUUUGACAUCAUGGACACAAUCGUUCGAGACCCUUUCUAUCAGGACGUCCCUGCCUUCUUUGGAAUGCCUAUGAAGGAACUAAUAGAACAGAAACACCCAACUGCUUGGAUUGAAUUCGAAAAGGGGCUGAUUGAUGAGAUAGAGUUAGCUAGAAAUUUCUUUAAAGACGGAAGGUCUUUCGAUUUGGAAGGACUUAAAAAUUGUAUGAAAAGAGGAUAUUGUUACAUAGAAGGUGUUGAAGAAUUGCUUUCCGAUUUAAAACAAAACAACUAUGAGAUGCAUGCUUUCACUAAUUAUCCUAUCUGGUACAGAAUAAUUGAGGACAAAUUAAAAAUCUCAACUUACUUAUCAUGGACAUUUUGUUCAUGUGCCAUAGGAAAGAGAAAGCCUGAUCCUGAUUUUUAUUUGGAAGUCGUGAGGCAUUUGAAGGUUGAUCCACGAGAUUGUGUUUUCAUUGAUGACAGGUUAAAAAAUGUGGAGGCUGCAAUCAAAGUUGGAAUAGUCGGUCUGCAAUUCAAGGGUGCUGAUUUUCUGCGUCAUGAUCUCUCCCAAAUGGGAAUCAACUUUUCAACAAACGAAUUUCAUACAAGUCAGAACCAAUCUCAGAUCACCAAAGAACAGGGAGCGUAAUUUCUAAAUUCUUAUUCUCCAUUCUAUCUAAUUCUUGUGGAUGGUUUUAUCCUACUUUAGACCUGUCUCCUGUUCAUAAUUGUUUUGUUUCGUCUAUGUUUCUCAAUUUGGAGUAAAAAGGUCUACAUUUAUCAGUAUUACAGACAUUUUCGUUUCUUUUCACUGAACCUUCGAAAGAUAAAUGGCUUUGAUUUAUCCAAAUUGUAAAUCAAAUACCAAUCCUUGCCUUUUGCAUCA